ACACACCUCACUCAGAACACCUAGCAGGGCUUUAUAAGUGACUGUUGUGACAGAAACAGGAAGAGACGAUGAAUGAGAGGUCAAGAUGGAGUGUAAAAUGUGAAAAGAGAAAGACAGCAACCGAGAUGGAGACUGAGCACUUUUGCCAGUGUAGUGUACUUGUGAGAGAGGUGUUCUGGACACUGUGUCAGUUAUUUAGUUCCCCCUGGUGUCACACACAGGGCUCAGAGGGGGGAUGCUUUAUCUGGCCACGCUGGCCAAGAGGGGAACCUUUAUCGCGUUGCGCAGGCUGUGUCUGCGUGGUUAUCGGGCACUGUGGAAAUGUAGAAAUGCUAAUGAGAGCCUGUGGCAUUACGGGAGUGUGACAUUUGUGCUCGGAAAUUACCGUUAAAGGAAACGUGCCCCGAAGCAAGAGGUGUGUGUGUGGAGGGGAGGGGGGGCUAUAAUCACUAAUUCAGCUCUUCAAUUAGAGCCUGAGAUCCUGGUCAUCUCAUCGCCAUGUCUGAGUCAAUCAGACUGAGGGUUGGGGGGGGGCGGGAUUAGGGGACGGACCAUGUCUGCUCUGAUUCCACUAAUGAGACAGGAUUGUUUUUAAUGGAGGAGAGAAUGCCAACAGGUGCACAGGUCUGGGGGCUGGCGCACACACACAUUCUAACACAUUGAACGAACCUCAUUUCAUUAGAACGUAAUGACAAAUUGGGUUUUGAUUUGAAGUUAAUGAGGAAAAGUUUAACAUUGUUUCUCACCUCUGAAAGUUUGUGUGAUGCACUCUCGUCUCACCUGUACCCCUCUGUCGCUCUCUACAGUGUGUGUGUGUGAGCAGUGACAUAGAGAAGAUGUAGGGAGCACUAAAAACGACACAUAACAGGCCCCAACCUGUUAUGUAUCUCUUGGAUGUGUGGAGAAAGACCAUCUGUUAGAUAUAAAAAAUAACUAAGUAGACAUUUGCACGUGUGGUGUAAUGUGGUUUGUCUGAUGAAUGGUUGUGGGUGAUGUUGAUUAGAGAGUGACGUGUGCCUCUCCUUCAUUUGUCCUCUAAUUCCAUCCCUCCAUAAUGCCAUUACUACUAUUGAAUUUCGCCCUCCUUACACACAGAGACACUUCCUGAUUGUUUGGGCUCAUAAAACAAUGUUUAAAAAGAUUGUCAGAUCUGCCACGUCAGCCCUCAUUACCCAGCCUCGCUUAACCCUUUCAUUUCUAGGAAAAGGGAGUGUGAAGGAGAGGUAUCUGGUGGAUGGAGAGGAGAGGUAUCUGGUGGAUGUGGAGGAGAGGUAUCUGGUGGAUGUGGAGGAGAGGUAUCUGGUGGAUGGAGAGGAGAGGUAUCUGGUGGAUGUGGAGGGGAGGAGAGGUAUCUGGUGGAUGUGGAGGAGAGGAGAGGUAUCUGGUGGAUGUGGAGGAGAGGUAUCUGGUGGAUGUGGAGGAGAGGUAUCUGGUGGAUGUGGAGGAGAGGUAUCUGGUGGAUGUGGAGGAGAGGAGAGGUAUCUGGUGGAUGUGGAGGAGAGGUAUCUGGUGGAUGGAGAGGAGAGGAGAGGUAUCUGGUGGAGGAGAGGAGAGGUAUCUGGUGGAGGGGAGGAGAGGAGAGGUAUCUGGUGGAGGAGAGGAGAGGUAUCUGGUGGAUGUGGAGGAGAGGUAUCUGGUGGAUGUGGAGGAGAGGUAUCUGGUGGAUGUGGAGGAGAGGAGAGGUAUCUGGUGGAUGUGGAGGAGAGGAGAGGUAUCUGGUGGAUGUGGAGGAGAGGAGAGGUAUCUGGUGGAUGUGGAGGAGAGGAGAGGUAUCUGGUGGAUGUGGAGGAGAGGUAUCUGGUGGAUGUGGAGGAGAGGAGAGGUAUCUGGUGGAGGAGAGGUAUCUGGUGGAUGUGGAGGAGAGGAGAGGUAUCUGGUGGAUGUGGAGGAGAGGAGAGGUAUCUGGUGGAUGUGGAGGAGAGGAGAGGUAUCUGGUGGACGUGGAGGAGAGGAGAGGUAUCUGGUGGACGUGGAGGAGAGGUAUCUGGUGGACGUGGAGGAGAGGUAUCUGGUGGAGGGGAGGAGAGGUAUCUGGUGGAUGGAGAGGAGAGGUAUCUGGUGGAUGUGGAGGAGAGGAGAGGUAUCUGGUGGAUGUGGAGGAGAGGAGAGGUAUCUGGUAGAUGUGGAGGAGAGGUAUCUGGUGGAUGUGGAGGAGAGGAGAGGUAUCUGGUGGAUGUGGAGGAGGGGAGAGGAAUCUGUUGGAUGUGAAGGAGAGGAGAGGUAUCUGGUGGAUGUGAAGGAGAGGAGAGGUAUCUGGUGGAUGUGGAGGAGAGGAGAGGAAUCUGUUGGAUGUGAAGGAGAGGAGAGGAAUCUGGUGGAUGUGAAGGAGAGGAGAGGUAUCUGGUGGAUGUGAAGGAGAGGAGAGGUAUCUGGUGGAUGUGGAGGAGAGGAGAGGUAUCUGGUGGAUGUGGAGGAGAGGAGAGGUAUCUGGUGGAUGUGAAGGAGAGGAGAGGUAUCUGGUGGAUGUGAAGGAGAGGAGAGGUAUCUGGUGGAUGUGGAGGAGAGGAGAGGAAUCUGUUGGAUGUGAAGGAGAGGAGAGGAAUCUGGUGGAUGUGAAGGAGAGAAGAGGUAUCUGGUGGAUGUGGAGGAGAGGAGAGGUAUCUGGUGGAUGUGGAGGAGGGGAGAGGAAUCUGUUGGAUGUGAAGGAGAGGAGAGGUAUCUGGUGGAUGUGAAGGAGAGGAGAGGUAUCUGGUGGAUGUGGAGGAGAGGAGAGGUAUCUGGUGGAUGUGAAGGAGAGGAGAGGUAUCUGGUGGAGGGGAG